UGCAAACGGCCACAAGGCGCGUUUCCAUCAGAAACACUGGAAUCGUAAAUCCUCCCAGCAGCUCAGGUCACCUGGAUGCGGGCAGACACACCUGCUGGCGGAGGACGCACCACUUCACACAGCACUUUUUAUGUUAAUGACCCGUCCAAGCACGUCCCACCCCGACUCGCCUUCACAGCGCAACACUAAAAACAGUCAGUACAGGCAGGCUUUUCGGUCACUGGAGCUUUUUAGUGAGCUCCUCUCAUUUCGUCGCAUCGGAUAUGAUCUGGAGACUUCUGGUGGUCUUGGGCGCGGUGGGCGUCCUGCUGCUGGGUGCCGAGGGCAGAAGCCGCGGGGGGAGGACGGUGACUUUCCGUCGGACUCAGCAGGAUGAGAGCCAGGGCAAGGCACGCGCACGCCCCAGGAGGGAUACCAGCGGCUCCUCCGGCACCUCGAGGCCUUCUCACGGUCCGCCCUUCACCCCCUGCCGGACCCCCCUCACCCCCGCAGAGCACAAGGUCCUGGAUGACAAUACGCAUGAGACCGGGUUUAACGGUGAUGACGGCUCCUAUGUGAUCCUCACAUGGGUGGGCGAUGGCACAGGAGUCGUCCUGGUGCUGUCAACAUUUAGUGCUCCAAUAGAUUCUUUCUUCGAGGGAGGCUCCUCGCGCCUUUAUCGGAGCACGGAUUAUGGAAAAUCGUUCCAUGACAUUUCCCAUCGGAUCAACAACACCUUCAUCCAGGAGGAGUUUGGAGUCAGUGUUGGACCGGGGAACUCUGUUAUACUGACGGCAGACAUACCGGUGGUGGACAACCGAGGCGGGAUCAUCUUCACCUCCACGGAUGCCGGCGCCACCUUCAAGUUCAUCCAACUGCCCUUCCACCUGGCUCAGCCGAUCACGUACCACUUCCUCAACCCUGACUACCUCGUGGCCCUCAGCAUCGAUGGCGGCCUCUGGCUCUCUCUGGACUUUGGCGCCAAGUGGACAAAAGUUCACGAUGGAGUGCAUUCUUUCUCAUGGGGGGGUGGCAUCAAUUUGUUCUUCAGCUACAGUCGAGUAGACACAGUUGAGGCGGAUGAGAGGGGGGAUUUAGUGCUGAAGAGGACCAGGGACCUGGGGAAGACCUUCACCACGAUCCACGAGGACAUCUACAGCUUCGGCUACAUCGGCGCCUUCCUCUUCUUCUCCGUGAUGGAAGAUUCGAGGUCCCCCCGCGUCAUGUACUUCUCAUCAGACCAAGGAGACACCUUCAGUCAAGCGCUGCUCCCCUCUGCCUCCAACGAGCAGUUCUACUCCAUCCUGGAUGGAGAUGAAGAUAUGCUCUUCAUGCACGUGGACAACCCGGGAGACACCUUCUUUGGGACCAUGUACACGUCGGACGACCGCGGCAUCCUGUUCUCCAAAUCGCUGGAGCGCCACCUGUUUGACGGGCAGAGGAAAAGCGAUUUCACCAACAUCACCUCGCUAAGAGGAGUCUACCUCACUAACAAGCUAGACGACGAUGGCCGUAUACGAUCCGUCAUUUCCUUCAACAGAGGUGGGACAUGGAGACAACUGAACAAACCGGAGAACGUGGACUGUGGAGAGCAAGUGCAGAAUUGCAACCUUCAUAUUCACGGAGAGCACAGUCGCAACAACCGCAUCAUUCCCAUGCUGGCUCUGUCCGAGCCGACUGCUAUCGGCCUGGUUAUCGCUCAUGGUACUGUGGGUGACUCUCUGUCAUCGUCUCAGCACCCAGAUGUGUUUGUCUCCUCAGACGGGGGUUAUAACUGGAGGGGGACACUGAGGGGUCCUCACCACUACAGCAUAUUGGACUCUGGGGGUCUCAUUGUGGCUGUGGAGGCCCAGCGUGACAGACAAGUCAAGACCAUCAAGUUUUCCACAGACGAGGGCCAGUGCUGGAAGUCCUACAACUUCACCGAGCAGCCCUUCUUCUUUGCCGGCCUGGCAUCCGAGCCGGGCACCAAGGCCAUGAACGUCAGCGUGUGGGGCUUCCGGCCUGAGGAGGACGGCCAGCCCAUGUGGGUGGCCGUCACCAUCGAUUUUCAGAGCCUCAUUACGAGAGAGUGUAAUGACCAAGACUACGAGGAGUGGUUUGCUCAUUCCACAGAUGAGGGAGACCUGGAGAGAAACGGCUGCGUCCUGGGUGUCAAAGAGACUUACAGGAGGCUGAAGAAACAAUCUGUGUGCAGGAAUGGGCGAAGCUUUGUGGUGAGCAGGAAGCAAAGCCCCUGCCUGUGCACCAGAGAUGAUUACUUAUGUGACUACGGUUACUAUCGUCAUGUGAACACCUCGGAGUGUGUGAGACAACACGGCGCUCCAAAUAAAACCUUGGAGCUCUGUCUGAGCGGAGAGGAGGAUGAGCUUCUGACAGCGGGGUACCGUAAGGUCCCGAGUGAUAGGUGUGAGGGGGGCUUCACUCCCCAGCUCGCAGUGCAGACGGUCAUCAGACCCUGUGGUGUUAAAACCAGCCCCGGCCCGCCUGCCAGGUCCUCGUCUUCAGUCCCGCACUUUGACACACCGCGGGAGAGGCUGGUGUUGAUCCUGGUGUGCGCAGGAGCAGGAGUCAUUGUCGUGGUGGCUGUCAUUUCCGCCGUCUUCGCUGUCAAGAGGGUGGUUUACAGAAACAGGACACCGGCGUAUCGUUUCUCCAACCUCCGGAUCCAGGAUGACGAUAGUGGCAUCACAGCCGAUCCCGAAAGCGCCACCAGCAGCAAUGGCAGGGCCUGCCAGCAGGACUCAGAUGAUGAUCUCAUUGAAUGACACAUGACACAUUUUAAUGGAGGCAAAAAAUAUUCCAGAUUGAAAGCAGCUGUGCUGAAAAAGACUGCCAAUGGCAUUUCGUUGGACUUAUCCCUGAUUUUCGAUGGGAGCACCCUUCGUGGCUAAUUCUGAAGAUUUGAAUGACAAGAAAGAAAAUGUUUUAAUUUAUUGAUCGUGCUUCAUUUCAUCGCUUUACUUUGCUUACUCUUUGACUUGUACAGUAUUUUUUAUUUGAAUUUUAUUCUGUGUUGCACCACCUUUUUACUUUCUGUUCAAUGUGAAAACAAACAAGACAAUCCUGAAAAUGUGCAUUUGUAAAAAACAAAAACAAAAACAAAAACACAAAACAACACGCAGCAUAUUAUUACGUGUCCUUCAUACCUGUGUGUGUGCUAUGGUUUAAAAUGUGCCACGAUCGGGUUAAAUGAUGAAUAAACUUUUCGAAGUGUCUGUCCAUCAGAGGACACUGGUGGCGCUGCCACGUCUCCCAUCUGUUUCGAAUUGAGAGAAGAAGAAAAAUGAGGAAGUUGUUGUGGCGGAAACAAAGAUAGAUUAUUUGUAAGAUGUCUCACUCAGAUCAUUGCUUUACAAACCAAAGAAUUAUAAUUUCCCAUAUUUCCAAAUUGCAAAUAAACUCAUUUUGAAAUUCUAAAUAUAUUUCAUUCCAAAGAGUCAUUAGACUCAGAUUUAGACUU